CUCAGCCACUAAGUUAUGUGUGUUUUUGUACCAGUUCCAGGCUGAAAACAGAUCUGUCCCUUAACCCCAGAAAACAAAACGUAUUCCUAAAACCUGAUGUGAUUGUAGCUGCUGUGAACAUGUAGGUUUCUACAGGAUCAACCAGUAUCCAGUGGCAGUUUGAUCAUUCCUUUACUAAUGCUUUGUGAUAGUUGAAUAUCUAUGUCCUUUACUUUACUAUCAAUUUACUUUGACUGUUUUCCUAUAUUUGCAGUGCCUGGAGGAACUCUUCUUUUUGAAGGAGAACAAGAUCAUCUGAUUCCCUCCACUUCUCAUCUCCUUUUGGAGAGUGACUUCUUUGUUGUUGCUGGCCGAAUGAUUGGACAUUCAUUCCUCCAUGAUGGGCCAUGCCUAGGUGGACUGAGUCCAGCUGUCCUGCAUGUGCUCUUUGGUGGAUCCCCGGAAGAAGCCACAAUAGAUAUUAAGGACUGUGUUGACCUUGAUAUCCGUGAGACAAUCAAGUUGCUGGAGGGAACAGCAGAGUUAUCAUCAGAAGAAAAAAAGCUCAUCAAUGAGUUGGCACUGUCCUGGGAUUUGCCUCUAGUCACAUGUGACAACAGGAGAUGGCUAUUUGAUAAACUGAUCCUCCAUGCUGUCCUUGGAAGAACCUCCAGACAAGUCAAGCAGUUACGAAGGGGUUUAAAAGAGACACUGAUCUGGCCUCUGCUGACGGAGAGGAAAGACACGAUUCCCCUUCUCUUUCCAAGAGCAUCUGAUUUGCAGUGCACACCACGGAUGGUGUUGGAGAAGAUAAACUGGCCCACACAGGAUGAGGAUGAAGACAGUGAAGUCUCUUUGGAGGAUUCCUGCGCACAUUUAUUGAGAUGGUUCUGGAUAGGAUGGAAUGUGCUUCCUAGACAUGGCCUGGAUGUGACCGUGGUGGAGAGCAACUUCCCCAGCUCUUCCACAUGCUUUCACCAGCUGAAACUUCCAGGACAUUACAAAGAGUACUGUAUGUUUGAAAGGGACAUUCUUGCUGCUAUUUGGAGCACUGAAACUGGGUUCGGGAUGGUCUGA